AUGGCGCCCUUGUAGGUAUUGAUCUUAUGCUUGAUACUUCAGCAUCUAGCCUCCCGAAACUUCCACAGCGUCACUCAAGAUCUUACCAUUCAACCUCUUACUUCUGCUGAUUGGAAUAUUACCAGCACUCGCCUACAUUAACUCACCAAUUUAUGAUGGCUAGAUCAGAAGAAGCGGAAGCUUUCUUUCACGUCGUGUACACCGCCGUGCAGCAGAUUCCCUACGGAAAAGUCACAACUUACGGACACAUUGCGAAGCUAAUUGGAACUCCCGAACGACCACGCCAAGUCGGUAUCUGCCUCAAGCAUCUUCCACAAGAUGCAGACUCACGUUUUAACCAUGACAACGUCCCAUGGCAGAGGGUUAUCAAUGCCAAGGGCAUGAUCUCGCCUAGGUCACAACCCUCAGGGGCACGAAAUCAGGCAGCUGCUCUACGAACCGAGGGCGUUACUGUAACUACUAGCGCGCUGGGCGAACUUAUGGUGGACUUCUCCGAAUGUGGAUGGUUCCCAAACGAAUUACCUUCGGAAGCGGACGACGAAUGAUUUAGCUGUUUGUCUUAUUCUUCAAUGAAGUUAGGAUCACGACAAAAUUCGUAUCCAAGGUACCAGUAGCCAGUUAGUACUCUAUAGUAGUGAGGUGUACUACGGCACUGCUCCCUGAUCUUUGAGAAGCGUAUCUAGAUGAGGUGCUAAAUUAGCAGGAAUUCCCUGUCCAAAUAUAAAAUGUAGGGGUUAAGUUGACAGAUAUCAGAUAGCGGUUGGACAUAAGUGAUUCCACAUUUAAUUCAGAACAGGUCUGUGAAUUAUGUGCUUUCAUCAUAUAAGGAAAAUGUUAAGGGGUUGGAU